AUGGAUAGAUGUGGAAAAAGCCAGGUUCGGCUUGAUCCGCCACUCUUCGUGACCUGCGACAUGGACCAGUUUCGGGAUCCCAACAAGAAACGCGCUGCCAAUGAUGCAUGCGAGGAGCUGGACAAGCUAGAUGCCCAGGACGAGAUCAGUGUGUCGAGUAUCAUUUCAGCCUUACUGCGACCGAUAGAGCCAUCGGAUGAUCAGUACAAGGUGUGCGACUGGGGCAUUAAUCCCAAGCACUUUCUACCCACCAAGCAGGCGAUCAUCUUUAAAGAGCAAUUGUUCGUCUCGAAGCUGCGGAAUACCAACUGCAAGUUAAACGAAAACUUGAAGAUCUUCUUUGAGCGUGAAUUGGAGCAGAUUGGACGAUUCUGUUUGAACGUAGAGGAGUCCUAUGAUGGCUACGUGGUUUUUAGCAGCAGCAAGAUGAAGAAGGAUAAGUGCUUGGUGGAGUGUGGCCACCAGUUGAAGGGCAAGUACGAUGACAAGUUCUUGCUUAUUUGCGAGAAGAGGUCUGAGUUCGAUCGAAUCGAUAACACGCGGGUGGAAAAGACUUUAGAACUGCGGAACCAUUCGGAUUUGAUGCUCACCGCCAUUCGCGAAACAAAGAUCAAUGAAGAAGUGCAGCGCUUAAAGGCCAGCAUCGAUAUUAAGGAUCGUGAUCAUGUGUUCGUCCUGGAUGGCGGGAUAAUGUUGCUUAUGCGUCACCUCAUCUGCAACAACUUUGUGGGUAGUUUCGAGUACUAUACCAUGAAUUUAUAUGGUCGUGUCCUUCGCUGCAGUCUUGUGGUUUCCAAAGAGCGCAAGGUAGUUCGCAUCUUCUAUCGUACCUACAAAAACGUGGUGCAAAUCCUAACACGACAGUGCUUUAACGGUGAGCUGCAGGAUGUGGCCGAGACUUUCAUGACUCCAGAAGGUCGGAUAGUCUUGCACUACUGGCAAGGUUAUAACUACCUUCUGCAUGCUGCCUGCAUGCCGCCAAAGAGGAAGGAAACCAUCUUACCCAAAUUAGAGCUGAUGUGGCGCCAGAAUGAACAGCUGUCUAGAAAAUUCCGGGAACUGAAGGCCCUAAACUACGAAAAUGCCACUAGCUAUCUUGACAGCAACUCCCAGUUGGCUGAUUUUAUGCAGGACUACGUCCUUAAUCUGCUGCGAUACAAGCCCAGCAACGUCCUGGAGUUCUCCAUCAUGUUUUUCCAAAAUAUGUCCAAAGGGUCCUAAAUUUAACAGUAUAAUUGUAUUCCCAAUGUGUUUUUGUUUCAAUGAUUCCAAAAAAAAGUUAUGGUUAUCGUGA